GAGAUGUGGGACUAUAAAUAGGAGGGAGGAAGCCAGCAGAGAUCAGAUUCUCUCCACAGAGACUCAGACAGCACAGACAUCCAGACAUGGCUCCUACAAUCACUGCAGCCAUCACCAACAACCAGGAGCAUCUGACUCUCAACCACAAGCUCAGAAAGCCUCUGGUGGAGAAGCUUCGCAGAGAGCGAAUCAACAACAGCAUUGAGCAGCUCAAGUCUCUCCUGGCUCCAGAGUUCCUCCAUCAGCAGCCAGACUCCAAGCUGGAGAAAGCAGACAUCCUGGAGAUGACCGUUUGUGUCCUCAGACGACUGCAGCAGCAGGAUCAGCAGCACACAAGACUGAUCAACCACUUCAACAAGCUGCAGUCUUCCUCUGACAACAACCUGACAGAGGCUGAUUCCUCUCCUCUCAGCUACACAGUCCACACCAGCAUCACCAAAGAGAAGAGUCCAGUCAACAGCGCCCUCUGGAGGCCGUGGUAGAGGAGUCACUACCAGACAAACUGACAUGACCACAUUGGUCAGACAUUACUGGACUCUAUUCUGUGAAAUUGUACAACUCAAAAAUUCCUUUUCAAACAUGAAAAGUAAAUUUCUUUUCAUACAUGUAGCAUGACAUUGAUCUGAUUGCAUCAGCAAUUAUUGUUAUCACUGUACUUUAUGAGAAAGUGUUUUAAAUGGUUACAUUUUGUAAUCAUUUUUAUCAUAUUGAUCAGAAACAUUUUUCUAUCCUGUCUUUGACAUGUUGUCAAUAAGGAUUCAUCUUGUUUUUUAUACCUCUAAAUUGAUCUGUUAUGAGAUCAAACUCUUCUCCUUUCUUUUCAGGGUUUUAUUAUGUCACAAUUUUCUUGUGAUGCUUUUAUGACUCCCUACAUGUGAUACAUGUCUCGUUGUUUGAGCACACAGUUUGUGCAGAAACUAUAUGAAGGUAUUUUUUUACCUGUUUAUAAUUAUGUUUUAUCAUGAAUUAAGCAAAAAAAUGUGAAAUGUUCUUUGAAUGGACAUUUUGCUGUCAUAGACUUUAAUUACUUUAUGUGAUGACUGAAAAAUGAUCUGUUUUAGGAUCAGUUUAUUCAUCCUUUUACUACAAAGGUUUUUAAUGUUAUACUGUCACGGUUUUAUUGUGGCCAUAUCUCCUUUACUUUGUCUGACAACAAUUGAAAAUGUUGAUUAUUAAGAAAAAUGAUCUGUUGAAAGGUCGAAUUAUGAUUUUUUACUCUACACUGAGUUCCAAUGUUGUAUUUCAUUUGAAGAGAACACAUGGCUCACUGAGCAUUAUGAUCUCUAUUAUUGUAUUUUGUUUGUCUUUUAUAAAGACGACUGUUCCUUUACUCUCUGAGUACACUGUCUUGUAGAAAUCUACAAGUUGU